CAGACGCAGUAAACAACGAUACAAUGUUUAGUAUGUGAACUUAAAUGACGCGAAUAACGUAAUUCAUACACUUUCAAAGAGGAUGUUAUUUCAACGUACUCUUUUGUAGUGAAACCGGAAAAACAUGGAUAACAUAGAAUUGCUAUUCUUUGACACAUUUUCACACGAUAUUUCAGAAGAGCUUAAUUUAGAUUUGGUACAGUUUCCCAAACCUGUGUAUAUUAGUGAAGUUAGAAUUAUUCCUUUGGGUGCUCGAGUACAAGCAGAUUUUCCUGGUGGUGUUCGUUUAGGGGCAACAAAUCCAUCUCAAUUUGAAAUAGAAUUUUUUGUAAAUGACUUGAGUAAACCUGGAGCUUCUACUUUUGAAUCUCUGGGAGAAUUAGAGUAUAAACAAAAUAUUCAUAUUCAGUUAGAAUGUGAAAGGAAACAGAUACCUACAGAUGGGUUGGUAUUAAGAGGAUGGUACACUACCAUCACUUUAGCUGUAUAUGGAACAUUGACAAAAUCUUUGAAUAAUCCACAAGAAGUGAUUAGCUCAGCCGCUGGCUCUGCUGCUUGUGCAAGUGGAUUAGAGGAAGUUGUGGAAAGUACUGCUCAAAUUUCAGAGCAGCAAUCAGAUUGGUAUUAUGAAAACCAGGCACAGACAAAUUCAAGUGAAACAUGUGUAGCAGCAACUCCACCACCUCCUAUACAGCCAAUACAAACAGUAGAAUCAUCCAGAAAUUCAACAUCAGAUACUGGAAAGACAGAUGCGGGACAUUGGGAAGAAGACGGUGCAAAUGGUACUCUAAAAUCUACAAAACGUCCUUCUUCGCCACCCUCUGAAUCUCUAGUAUCUUUAAGUCCUGAAUCCAUAUCGGCAGAGGAAGAAGAAGGAGAGCAAGAUGCAGGUGAACAAGAACCAGGAGAACCGUUUGAACCUAUAUUAUCCGAUGAGGACAUAAUGGCAGAUGAUAUACCACCUUCUACAGAAUACGAAUGUGAAAAUGUUCAGUUAGAUGAUAUCUAUUCUUUGAUUACACCUGAUCUACUGGAGUUAGAAAAGUCAAUGAACAACAUUGAAGAAUACUCUGUUAACAAUGAAAUGUUGGAUAAGAUACACGAAAUAUUUCAGUCAUUAGCAAAAUCAGUGUUACAUUUUAAUAAUGCAUCAGGACAAGAAAAAGAGACGUUUGUCCACAAUUGUGAAUCAUUAUGUGCAAUACUUAGUCCUUUUCAUUUGAACAGCACAGACUUCAACGACUUGACAAACAUUGUAAAUGCAGGGUUGGAUAUGGAUCUUGCUCGUGCUCAGCCUCAACCAGCAUAUAAAGUUCGUCAUGUGAAAGUUGGUGUACGAUUAGCAGAAGCAUUAUGUAAGCUUCCUGAAGGUCCUGAAAUACUCUUGAAAGUAGAUGCUCCUUAUAAAUUAUUAGCAUUGUGCAUGCGCGAAAAUGUGGCCCUUCCUGUUAAACUUUCUGCUCUUCGUACACUGGAUGCUGCAUUAAUAAGUCCUGUAAUUGUUCAAGAGUUUCUUAACUUAAAAAGUAAUUUAUAUAAGAAUGCUUUGAUGAUGUUGGACACAGCUAAACUAGCCAGAUUGAAAUACGCGCUAAGUUCAUUGCUACGAAAAGUACACACAUUUGAAUUUCUUGAGGAAAUGAAAGAACUCAAUGAACUGGCUGUGAUUGAAUUGACAAAUACAUACAUAUGCGCGCCUACGUUAAUGGCUCAACCAAAGCGUCAGCUUCCAGCUGGAGCUCAAAUGGAAUUUGAGCGUGAGCAAAAUCGAAAUCCUCGUUGCCAUAUGAUAGCGUACUUUGAGUACCAUAAACUCUUAUUUCAUAUUCUUGUUGCACUUACUUCACCGAAAUCGGAUUUGAAUUUAAUUAAAGCCAUUCGACGUUUCCUACUACGCAUAUCUGACACAAAAGAAGGUUUAUUUUAUUUACUAAAAGAACCAGAAGUUACGAAAUUAAUAUUGAAGGCUUUGAAGUGUGAGCUGCCUGGCAUAGGAUCCAUUUUAGCUUGGCGACUUCAAGUUGUCCAGUGUUUGAUACGUUUAAAACAUGAACCUUCUGAUUGGUUGUCCUUGAAAAAGCUUCAUUCAUUUCUAAUAUUUCCUGAAGGUUUGCAAGCUAUAAUAACAGUUCUUCCAACAGGGGAGUUUAUUGACAUUUUAAUUCCAUAUCUUUCUGAUCCAGAUUUGUGUGAAUUUUCUGCGGAGAUUAUAUCGGCAACCAUUAGGUAUUCUGACAGAGUAGAGGUAUUCCAAAAUCGUGCCGCAAUUAUUUUGGAAAAGUCGCGAACUCAGGCUGUUUUGAAGGAUGUUACUUCAUAUCUAACUACGGCUGCACAAUCGUCUCAUUGGAAUUAUGGAGAUGUCUCUUCGCUUGUUGCGUGUAUUAAGAAAAAUGCAGACAAGACAGCAUCUCUUCCAGGACAAUUAAUUACAGCAUGUAGAAUUUUGUAUUAUCUUGUUUUUCCCUCUAAUGACGACGUAGACCCAUUAGAGCCUUAUAUUGAAUUGAAGUAUAGGAAUGCAUUGACACAAUUAUUUGCUGCCGAUGGUUUAACAGCGCUUAUCGCGGUUAUGGCAAAUAUUUCAGAAUUUUAUGAACAGCCAUUUCUGCAUCGUGCAGCUUUAACGGGUCGAAGGGGCUUAGCGUUAGUUGCAUUGCUUCUUCCAUGUGUAAAAUUGACUAGAGCACUAUUGGAACGUCUUGUGAAAUGUAUGGCAACAGAUUUUAAAGAUUUGACAGCCGUGGUGCCUCUUCUCGGUGUCUACUCGUUAGUCGAAGCUAUUCCUCCUGUUAGAAUUGUUCAGAGUCUCUCUGAGGAAAUAGUAGCAACACUUUUAGUAUUUACACAAGCUGUAGAUUCAGAUGGAUCGGGGAAUGUAGCGAAAUCAUUAUGGACGCAAAUGUUAGGGGAAGUUUUAAAAAUGGUUUCUCUUAGUCCAUGUAAUUUCAUUCCUGGCUUGAAACUUUUAACAAGAUUAUUGCCACCUGUUUUGACUCUGAAGGAAACAAUAACUGAAGAUGCUGCUAGAGUGUUAGGACUUAGGAAAUUGUGGUCUGCCCAUUUACAGGCUCAAGCUAAUAACUUAACUGAAACGUUACGACUACUUUGUGCUAGUUGGAAUAAAGAUGUGUUAGUUCUUCUUUCAAAAGUAUGUAUGCAAUUAAGUGAUUUAGCAGCACCUACUGCGUUACUAGUAGGAAGAUGUAUGUUGGAUGGUAUAAUAGCUGCAACUCCCCUUGAAAACAAUGUUUUAAUUCUUGCAUUACUCAGCGAACUUGCAAGACAUGCACCUAUGAAGGCUACACUGUUAACUUUAACUAGUCCUGCGUCACGAGCGCAAGUGAAAUCCGACCAAAAAUAUCCACCUGUUAUUGAAAUGAUGUGCACAGCACUUAAAAAUACAAGUGACAUUAGAAUGCAAUAUGAAAUCCUUGAUAUUUUCGAAACAUUGUGUGACUGUACACUGAGUUUAAUGCAAGAAGAUGUGAGUGAACCUUUAGAAAAAAGAUUAACGCAUUCAGUGCCAAGUAAAGAACCGCUUUUAUCGAUUCUAGCAGCGCUCAUUGACAUAUUAGCGACUAGUACGAAAUUUGAAUCCGAGGUACUAAAAAGUACUCUUCGUAUACUUCUAUCACUUAGUAGUCAUAACUAUGGCUUAUAUCAUGUAAAAAGCUGUUUAGAGAAUAAUCCUGAUGCAUUACGAUCGUUACUAGAGCACAUAUCUGCGUUAGAAGAUCCUGAGGCUCAACCUGUUGUGGAAUUCACUGUAAUGUUCUUAGAAAAUUUAACUGCAUCUGAGUCACAAGAAAGGUCUUUGUAUCUACGUGUACAACAACUGGCAUCAUUGAUAUCGUGGGAUAAAAAUGAUCAUCCCCUAGAAAAGAUAAAGAGAGCACAAGAAUUAGUAGAAACUUUUAAAUCUGCUGAAGAUAAAGAAGAGAAAGAACCUAUUCCAGAAAUGUUGGAGCCAUUAUUGCCAACUCCGGAAGCCCUACUAAAUCAAUUUUCUCAACGAUGCCUAGGCACUCCCGAUCCAGUCUCUAAACGACCAAAAAAAUGUACAUUUAUGUCACCGAUUCAAACACUGACUGAAAAUACGAUAGACCUCUUAGCUCUUGCGGGUGAAUUACUUCCCGCUGAUUUCAAUUUAAUGGUAGAGGCUCAAAACUUAUGUUCUAAGGCACCACCUGACGAUGCAACUCAACCGCUACAAUCGAAAUCUCAAAAUGACGAUCAGGAAACUAGAGAUAUUCAGAAAAAAUCAACAUCUCCAGUUUCAAAAGUGAAACAACCAUUCGUUACACCUAUGCGCGGUAGAACACAAUUUACCAACAGUUUAAGAGGUGGUCCAGUUGUGGGAGGCGUAGGUAGAGGCGCAGAUCCAUUUAGAUCGAGACCACCAAACACUUCGCGACCUCCGUCUCUUCAUGUCGAUGAUUUUGUAGCAUUAGAAACAUGUGGAGCACAACCAACAGGACCUACGGGUUACAAUAAACUUAGUAUUCGUGGUACCUGUCCAUCGCGAGCGAUCAACGCAGGAACAAGGAGUAGUAGACCAUGGGCUCAAGAAACUCGACCUCCGUAUCUUCGUUAAAUAAACUUAGAAAGAAGUAGUACUUGUUGUCAAUCAUGCUGAUUUCGCAAUUUA